UAUUCUCCCUGGCUUCUGAAUCUCCUGCUCACUCCUGCUCAAGCAGAUUCACCUGUUUUUGCCAAAAUGCCUCAGUUGUUGAACAGCAUACUCAAUGUGAUCAGGGUGUUCCAGAAAUAUGCCAGCGAAAAUGGAGACUCUACUUCACUUUGCAAGAACGAGUUGAAGCAGCUGCUGUUGACUGAGUUUGGAGACAUCCUCCGGAGACCAAAUGACCCAGAGACUGUGGAAAACAUUCUAAAUCAUUUAGACAGAAACAGAAAUGAACAUGUUGACUUUCGUGAAUAUCUUUUGUUGGUGUUCCAAUUAGUCCAAGCCUGCCACUAUAGGCUAGAAAAUAAGUCAUGUGGAGAUAGAACCUCACAGCAAGAAAAGAAGCAUGAAGUAACACAAGACCACAAGUUUCCAGGAGGUACAGGUAGAGAACACAAGCAGUCGCAUGUGGGUGAAAGACAGAAUUCCCAUCACAGUCAGUCUGAAAGACAAAGUCAUGAUGGUCAACAUGAUCAGUCUGAGAAACAAGAUAUGGACUCCCACUAUAGUCAGUCUGAAAGACUGACUAUAGAUAGAGACUUCCACUAUGGUCAGCCUAAGACACAAGAUCAAGAUUCUCACCAUGGUCAGUUUGAGAGGCAAGAUAAAGACUUCCACUAUGGUCGGUCUGAGAGUCAGGAUGGAGAUUCUCACCAUGGUGAGUCUGAAAAACAAGAUAGAAAUUCCCAACAUGGUCAGUCCAAGAGACAACAUUGGGAUUCCCACCAUGAUCAACCUGAGAGACAAGACAGAAGUUAUAGCUCUGAUCAGUCUAAAAGACAAAGGCAAGCCUCUAGCUCAGGUCACAGACCGAGUGAUAAGUCUAACAGUGGCCAGCAAAAAGAACAAGGGCAUAUCUUUGUCUUAAAUCAGUCUGAGAAACCAGCUAAGGAUUUGCAUUACAGUCAUUCUACAAAGCUUGGACAACAGUCAAGGUAUGUCCAGUCUGGAAGACUCACACAAGACAUUUGCUCUAAUCAGACCAACCAACAGGAAUCAAGCAUUUAUUAUGAACAGUCUGGGAGGCUGGAUCAGGAAUCAGGCCAUGGUCAGAGAAACAGGCAAGGAUUGGAUUCACAAUAUGUCCAGACAGACAGACAAAGCCAGAGUUCUCAGUAUGGUCAGAUAGACAGGCAAGGACAGGGUUCCCACUAUGGUCAGACAGAUGUACAAGGACAGGGUUCCCACCAGGGUCAGACAGACAGACAAAACCAGAGUUCUCACUAUGGUCAGACAGACAGACAGGGACAAGGUUCCCACUAUGGUCAGGUAGAGAGACAAGGACAGAGUUCCCACCAUGGUCAGACAGACAGAAAAGAAAAAGGUUUCCACUAUGGUCAGACAGACAGACAAGGACAGGGUUCCUACCAUGGUCAGAUAGACAGACAAAGCCAGAGUUCUCACUAUGGUCAGACAGACAGACAAGGACAGGGUUCAAACCAUAGUCAGUUAGACAGACAAAGCCAGAGUUCUCACUAUGGUCAGACAGACAGACAAGGACAAGGUUCCCACUAUGGUCAGGUAGAGAGACAAGGACAGAGUUCCCUCCAUAUUCAGACAGACAGACAAGAAAAGGGUUUCCACUAUGGUCAGUUAGAGGGACAAGGACAGGGUUCCCACCAUGGUCAGAUAGAUAGACAAGGCCAGAGUUCUCACUAUGGUCAGACAGACAGGGAAGGACAGAAUUCUCACUAUGGUCAGGUACAGGGACAAGGUCAGGGUUCCCACCAUGGCCAGACAGACAGACAAGGACAGGGUUCCCAUCAUGAACAGACAGACAGACAAAGCCAGAGUUCUCACUAUGGUUGGACAGACAGACAAGGUCAGGACUCCCACUAUGGUCAGACAGACAGACAAAGCCAGAGUUUUCACUAUGGUCAGACAGACAGACAAGGACAGGGAUCCCACUAUGGUCAGGUAGAGGGACAAGGACAGGGUUCCCACCAUGGUCAGAUAGAUAGACAAAGCCAGAGUUCUCACUGUGGUCAGACAGACAGACAAGAAAAUGGCCAAAUAAACAGACAAGGUCAGAGUUCCCACCAUGGCCAGACAGACAUACAAGGACAGAGUUACCAUUAUGGUCAGACGUACAAACAAGAGAAGGAUUCCCACCAUGGCCAGACAGACAGACAAGGACAGGGUUCCCAUCAUGAGCAGACAGACAGACAAAGCCAGAGUUCUCACUAUGGUCAGACAGACAGACAAGGACAGGGCUCCCACUAUGGUCAGGUAGAGGGGCAAGGACAGGGUUCCCACCAUGGUCAGACAGACAAACAAAGCCAGAAUUCUCACUACAGUCAGACAGGCAGACAAGAAAAGGGUUCCCACUAUGGUCAGACAGACAGACAAGUACAGGGUUCCCACUAUAGUCAGGGAGACAAACAAGGACAGAGUUUGCACCAUGGUCAGACAGGGAGACAAGGAAAAGGUUCCCACUAUGGUCAGACAGACAUACAAGGACAGGGUUCCCAUCAUGAACAGACAGACAGACAAGAAAAGGGUUCGCACCAUGGCCAAACAGACAGACAAGGUAAGAGUUCCCAUUAUGGUCAGACAGACAGACAAGGACAGAAGUCCUACUGUGGUCAGUCCCAGAUGGCAGAAACUGAAAAGCACCAACAAAAUACACACUUCCAAGGGAAUGGAAAAACAAGAAGAGACUCAUAUGUUGAGCAGUCGGAAAAGUCAAGGAGACUAAGUCAACAGAUUCCAGGACAGGAAGUGAAUCAAAACCAGGCACAUGGAUUCCAGUCUAAACAGCAGCACAGCUAUCAUGCAUGGAAGCCAGAGGAGGAUAGCCAAUACCACCAACACAAACUCUUAGCACAAAUCCAACAAGAAAGGCCAUUGUAUCACAAAGGAAGUGACAGGCAAUCAGGUAAUAGUGAACAGAGCCACAGACAGGUCGAAACCAGACAGAACCAGGACAAGAGACAAUCCCACCAGGCAGAAGAAAAGCAAGGUCAUCAAAGCUGGGGUGAACACAGCCAUGAGGGUCAGGAAAGUGCAUGGGAGGCACAGGAUAGGCAAACCUGUGAAGAAGAACAAAAUCAUCAAACAAAGAACAGACAAACCUAUGAAGAUGAGCAAAACCACCAGAGACAAAACAAGCAAACCUGGGAAGAGGAUCAACAUCAUCAUCAACAACAGGACAGACAAAUCUAUGAAGAUGAGCAGAACCACCAGAGAAGAGAUAGGCAAACACACAUAGAGGAUUAUAACCAUCAGCAGGAUAGUCAAACCCAUGAGGAGAAAGGGAGGUACCAAGGGUCUCAAGAUCAAAGAAGACAACAGGGUGAAGGUCACCCUAGCAAGGCAGCUAACAAUCCUCCCAAUCCCUUCUAUGGCUAUGUACAAGAGCAGAAAUCAUAUCAGUACUAGGCUGUGUGGGCACCCAAGCUAAGCAACAUGAAGCCAAAGAAGAAAUCUAGAUAUCAGAUUCAUCUCUACUUCUAUUUGAAACGUUAGAAAUGUUUGUCUUCCCUCUACCAUCUAUCUACCUUCAUGAAUCUUCUUGAGGACUAGUACUCUCUUUCAGAGCAAUUCGAUUCUUUGAGCAGCAAUUAGGGGGCUUUCUGGUUAGGUGAAACUACAUAGCAAAUUGUGUGAUUAAUUACUUAAUUUUGAUCAUUUGUGGAAUUUAAAUCAUUCCUGGUUUGCCCUCUGUAUAGGUGAAUUGUGUUUGGGUCAUUGAAAGGUAGAACACUUCUACCUAAAAUUCAAAACUAGGAAAGGUAUUCUAAAGAUUUACAUUUUUAACCAAAGAAAGGAAACCUGGGCUUUAUGGAGAAAACAUCAGGGACUGCGAGUUGCAUAGUCUGGACCAGAAUGCAACAGAGUGAGAGGCUGCUAAGGAAACCAGAGACCACAGAGGGCAUCUCUGCUCUUGAUGCUUGCCUUGCUCAGCCUCUUGCCCGCCACCAGAGGGACUGACUAUCCAUUGACCAAUAUAAAAAAAUUGGCGGGAUGCAUUCCAAUUCAAUGCCUUUCUAGUUUCCAAUCACAUGAAAUAGGAGGUAUACAUCACCUCUAUGAUCCCCAAGGGCCAAAACUGUUAAUUCAUAGCUCUGUCCUGAAAACCCUUCACAGGAAAACCAACAUGCAGAACAAUGGAAUUAUAUUAAAACACCAAAUAAAUGAUUAUUGAACAAUGA